AUGCUUCCCUUGAAGAUGAAACUCUUCAUCCUAUUUUUCUUCAUUUUUGCCACAAUCAUCGUAGUGUUUUAUGGAAAUUCAUACAUUUUGACUGCAUACCAGCAUUCCUUCUUCUAUCGCAAUACAAGUCUUUGUGCCUGUGACAAAUGUUUAAUGGAAUACGAUCCAUGGCUUAGUGAGCUUAUGGAAGCAUCUCCUGAGCCCUUUUUGUCAGUCACAAACUAUAUGUCAGAGGAUAUUUUUAACUGGUGGAAGCGAAUACAACGGGACAAACGCAACUAUACUUUCUACAAUAAAACCGUGGAUAAGAUAUUUCACAUCUUCCCACCCAAUGUGGGUUUUACAAGACCCAGCCCUGACCUCUGCAGAACUUGUGCUGUAGUUGGGAAUUCUGGUAAUCUAAUGGGAUCAUUUUAUGGACCUCUGAUAGAUUUUCAUGAUAUUGUUAUAAGAAUGAACCGUGGCCCUACCAAAGGUUUUGAAAGAGAUGUAGGAACCAAAACAACACAUCAUGUGAUGUAUCCACACAGUUCUACCAAUUUGGACAACACCACUUACCUUGUUCUGUUCCCAUUCAAAACCUAUGAUUUAGAGUGGCUCAUCCAAUCCUUCACUCAAAGGUAUGAAAAAGUUAAUAGUAAAAAAUUAAAGGCGAACAAGGAUUUGGUGAUGAUCCUCAGUCCAGCCUUCAUGAAAUAUGUGCAUCAUGUUUGGUUAAAACGGAAGGGCAAGUAUCCAUCCACUGGCUUUAUGACUUUGAUUCUCAGCUUGCACAUGUGUGAUGAGGUCAGUGUGUUUGGGUUUGGAGCAGAUCGAAAUAGAAACUGGAAUCACUAUUAUGAAAAAUUAAAAGUAAAACGUCUGCGAACUGGACACCAUGCUGGAAAUGAGGAAUACAAACUCAUUGAGGAACUCUAUAAGAAAGAGAAAAUUCUUUUUUUCAGAGGAUGGUGA